GCGGUGGCGCGCGCUCACGGAUUUUGGUCCUCAAUGAGGAGACCGAAAGAGAGCGGCCGUGCAGAGCGGGUCGAAGGCGACGUCUCUCCAGCUGCCGUUUAACUGGACUUGUCCGAGAACUGGAACGGAAACUCUGCUCGCGUGCACCCGGCGGGAGCCGAGUCGCUGAGGGACUCCCUUUGAGGCGGGAAAACACGGAAUUACUGUUCAGAAAUGCUCAUUUUCUAAGUUGGAUUCUUUCAUUUAACGGCAGUCUUGCUCCUCAAACGCGAAGACCACCGUAGUAGGCAAAGAUAACCGUUUUUAACGACACACUGGUGUCAAAACCAGUCACGUAUAUUGCACUUAAAGGUUUCACACUCCUGGGGCGGGAAUUCAACCGAAACGGGAGCCCAUCAUCCGAUCUCACGCAUCGGAUUCCGUCGCCGCCGAGUGAAUUAAUAAAUAAAUAAAGUCUGACUGACUGGACAUACAGGCUUGCUGACGCGUCCCACGUUUGACAGCUUUUUGGGGGCGUCUCAGUUUAACUCAAGCAUCAAUGUAAAUACGCCGAACGAGAAGAGGAGGAAAAGGAGUGAACCCACACCAGCAGAAUCCUUCAGUUAUCAAUGGGAAAUACCGGAGCGCACGCGACUGGAGCGAGAUGCUCAGAGAAGCUCGAGACCAUCUCGUGCGUCGCCGCGCUCACCGUGAGUGAGUUUUAAAAGGCGCGCGGCGAGGGGGGAGAACAAGCACCGUGAAGUUGAACAUAUUUGUCAGUCAAGACAAUAGCCGGGUGGAAAAUUUAUGUUUCAUGUGGCACAUUAAUGAGAAAGCAAAACCCAUCACCGAGCUUCCCAAGGAUUGUUGAGAAUAUGGAAAUGUGUAAUUGUUGACGAAGGUGAAGAUGACAGAAGCUUUGUGAGAAAGAUACCGAGCGUGUUUUUGUGAGAGGGUGAAGUUUAUUCGACAUGCCCGAGAAUGUCUCCCUCAUCAGGAACCGGACGGAAGUCGGGCAGGGUCGCGCUUGGGGUAGCGGAGCAGGCGCGCGGCCAGCAUGGGUCGUCAUGGUGCUGGCCAGUGUGCUGAUCUUCACGAGCGUGGUGGAUGUGCUCGGUAACGUGCUGGUGAUCAUCUCGGUGCUCAGAAAUAGAAAACUGAGAAACGCGGGUAAUGCCUUUGUAGUGAGUCUGGCUUUCGCCGACCUUCUGGUGGUUUGCUAUCCCUACCCUCUGGUCUUGCACGCCAUGCUGCACGCAGGCUGGCUGCCGGGGGAAAUGGAGUGUAAGGUCAGCGGCUUCCUGAUGGGAGCGAGCGUCAUCGGCUCCAUCUUCAACAUCACCGCCAUCGCCAUCAACCGCUACUGUUUCAUCUGUCAGACCAACACCUACGAGAAGAUCUACGGCCGCGCCGGAACCUUGGCCCUAUUGAUGUUAGUCUGGGUACUCACCGUCCUUGCCAUUCUUCCAAACCUGGCGCUGGGGUCAUUGACGUAUGACCCCCGUGUCUAUUCAUGCACCUUUAGUCAGACGACAAGUGCAGGAUACACCAUCGCUGUGGUGACCGUGCAUUUCCUGCUUCCUAUCGCAGUAGUUACGUUCUGUUAUCUGAGGAUUUGGGUGCUGGUGCUCCGUGUGAGGAGGCGAGUCAAAACUGAUGUCAGGCCACGCCUUCGUCCAAGUGAGUUGCGCCACUUCUUGACCAUGUUCGUCGUCUUUGUGCUGUUUGCCGUCUGCUGGGCGCCUCUGAAUUUGAUUGGCCUGGCUGUAGCGGUGGACCCUCCCCGUGUUGCGCCCAUGGUCCCUGAUUGGCUGUUUGUGGUUAGUUAUUUCAUGGCGUAUUUUAACUCCUGCCUGAACGCCGUAGUGUACGGACUGCUCAAUCAGAACUUCCGCAGAGAAUACCGCAGAAUACUUCUGUCACUUUGUAAGCCACGCCUCUUCCUGCAGGAGACAUCUAGAGGUGGGACUGAGCGCAGCAACAAACAGUCACCUGGCAACAACAACAACGACGAUCAGCCCAAAGCGAACACAAUAUAAUUCACUCACAAUACAUAUACACAGAUAUCAAAGAGAGAAUGCUGCAAAACGGUUUUAAAUUGCACCCACAAGUGUUUUAACAAUAACGUUUUAUGCCUCACUUUAGAUACCACCAUCUGCAAAAAAGAAAAAAAAAAUACCUCAUUUGUUGGAAAACCAUAAAAUUAUAAUAAUCCUCAUUAUUAAAAAAAUUUAUUGCAUCUCACAUGCAUUACAAUCACAUUCAAUUAAUGCAUGCUAAUGAUUGAGAACUGUGCAAUAAGUCAUUACCAGACAAAAAGUGCAAGCUUGAGAAAGACAAAAACUGCAGAACAUUUUUGUCUUCUCCAAACAUGCGCUCCUUGAAAACAACUUAUUUUUCUCACUGAUAGUUGGAGGCUGUUUUCUCCAGCCAUCCAUAAAUACUCACUAAACAGAUCUCUCACAAGAAGGCAGCACCCAGAGGACUCGCAACAUUUUCACAAGUGCUUCCCUAAUGAUAUAACAGCAUUAAAGAAACGUUCCCGAAAUGCUCACACAUUUGUGACCGUUCAGCACCUUGACAUACAUUUUCCCAGAUGUCCAAUAGCGUUAGCACUUUUGGCACUGUAAGUACACUAGAGCCUCCCCUUGUGCUAUGCAACCAAUUAAUUUUAAACUCUAUGGAGAAAGUGUAAAACUAGGGCUCCCUUAGGUUUGCAGUAAAGAUUAUCCAAACGUUCCCCUAAAACACUGCAGCAACAUUCUGUAAAACUCCCCUAUUGCUAUGCAAACUCAACAUGAGCACUGUUGAAAUCUUCCUGUAACCUUUCCACAACAUUCCUCAAUUAAGUCUGUGAAUUGGAAUAUGCCCACAUGCUGCAAGAACAUGUUUUUAUAUUCUCCAUAGGUUUAAACAAACAUCAUACGCUCCCUAUGCCUGUGCACCAGCAGAACACAUCUGCACGUAUAUAAUCUUGUGGCGGCAUACAACUUAUAUUAACUUUAGACAACAUUUCUUAAAGGGAUAGUUCACCCAAAAAUGAAAAUUAUCCCAUGAUUUACUCAACCUCAAGCCAUCCUAGGUGUAUAUGACUAUCUUCUUUCAGAUGAACACAAUCAGAGAUAUAUUUAAAAACAUCCUUAGUCCUUCAAGGUUUAAAAUGGUUGUGAAUGGCUGCUCAAAUUAAAAAAAAAAAAAAAAAAAUGCAUCCAUCCAUAAUCAAAGUUAUCCAUAUAUAGCUCCAGAGGGUUAAUAAAGGCAUUUUGAAGUGAAGGGAUACGUUUUUCUAAGAAAAAUAUCCAUAUUUAAAACUUUAUGAAUUCAAAUAACUAGCUUCUGGCGGACGGCCGUACGUAAUAAAUCUCCGAUUGUGUUCGUCUGAAAGAAGAUAGUCAUAUAUACCUAGGAUGGCUUGAGGGCGAGUAAAGCAUGGGAUAAUUUUCAUUUUUGGGUGAACUAUCCCUUUAAAUGAGGAAAGUAAGGCACCAGUUUACAACUGGAUUUAUUAACAGGGUUCAAAUGAUCAUCACAAUUUAAAAACAUAAAACGUUAUGUUAUGAGCAUAGGGCUUCACAUAUGUGACAUGAUAAAUAGACUAUUUGUCAGUAUCCUUUCUUCCUUAACAGGCCAAUUUAUAUCAUUACUAUUAAUAAUAAUAAUAAUAGUAAUAAUAAUACAAACGUUAAAAUAAUCUUCAUUAAUAUACCAGCAUGUGUCAAUAGACAUUUACACACUUCAAAGUGCCAGUUUCUGGUCUCAGUCAAACCACAAUACUUAAGAAGGACCUAAUUCUUCAUUAAAUACCAGAUAUAGAAGUAGCUUAUAUGAUCAGUUCAUACUGAUAUAAUCAUUUAGGUCAAGAAAGUCAAAACUGCAUUCAUCUUCACUUAAGCUAUGGAUACUUUUACUGAGGAAAGUUUCCAUCUCAAUCAUAUCAGUUACUAAAAUCACAUUUUUAUAGUCACCCUAGCAGUGGCAUUGAGUAUGGGGAGGAGGGGGAUGGCUGUCCCUGAUGUAUUAUACAAAGCAUCUGAUAUUUUUAAAGAUUCACUCACGUUUCACUUCACAAAUAAUGUAGGAUUUAUGGCUUUUACUUUGCCUGCCCGCUACUAGUUGCCUAGUCCGUCUGUCCGUGAUGAAAAGCUACAGACACUGGUACACUGAGAGAAAGUUCACAAAUAAUUAAAUAAAUUUCACAAAUAAUUACAAAGAAACAAGUGACACAUUGAAUUAAAUGUGAUUUUUCUUAAGUAAAAAGACUGAAAUAGUAUUUUCUUGUCAAAUUUACUACAAUAAACAUUAUUUUUUUUUAGAACUUCUAGUGUAGAUUACCAUUUUUACACAGAGCGCGCGUUUGCAUUUCACUGCGUUGCUUCUGAAUUGCUUUUCAAUGUAAACAUGCUCUUGACGGCCGCAUUCAACACUAUUUUUUCAGUGUCUCGCACAUGUGUGCAACAUUUUUAAAUCGCCGUGAACGGUUAAAUGUUGUUCAACUUUCAAAAACGCAUCUCUCGAGACCCUGCGCUCUUUUCCAUCACACUUUGCUGUGUCUAUCAUAUUUAAAAACAAAAAAGCAUUCUGUGUAAAUGGCCCCUUGCACGUUUAUUCAGCUAACUGCAGUUUUAAAGCCCAUCAAUAUUUAUAUAGCCAGCUGUUGAACAGUACCUGUUCAGACCAGUACGUUGAACUAUCAAUUGGCAGGUUUCAACAAACCGUCAUUGAUACAAAGAGAUUGAUGAGGUAAUAAUAAAAUUAUUCAGCGAAAUUGAAGACUUCUGUCUUUUGAGAACUUCUUAGCUUUUUCUAUAGAAUAUUUAGAUUAGCAUUACAAAUGCCUUAGUAAUUUCCCCCAAUUUAUUCCUGACAUUCAUGCAAAGAAAAGUGAAUGAUUUUAAACGUUUGUUUUUUUCUAUUUGUGAGUUCAUUUUUAGAAAUGAACCUCCACCACCUGUGCUCACAUCUUUUUUUUCUUGUCUCAUUAUUCUGAAAAGAAUGUUGCUAAAAUACUUUUAAGUUUCUUUUAAGUUCCCACGGAUGUAAUUAGCGUCUAACAAUACACAUGUGUAUAAUUGUUUGUGUGAACUCUUUAAGCCUCAAAAAUGUAAGAACUAGAAUCUGCCAAAAACAAAACUGAGGAGUGAAUUCACUGAACAGUUACUCAAAACAUUUCAGCGCAAAAUCCUUCAUUAUAAGCACUCACAAAUCAGUUUAACCACACAUUUAGCACUCAAAACCAACUGACAUGAUGAAGAAUUGCAUUUAUAAAAUUCCUUGCUGUGUUUGCACCAUUACCUGAUCCUUUAGUGUCCCGGGUGCUAAAACAACGUAGACAGUGCGCAAAUAAACAUCGCUAUCAGUGGACACAAUUAUACAUAGCGAAUCCAUUACUCGUAGUGAAUCCCUCCCGAGUCAUUGACAUGGCUUUACUUUUAUUCACAUUAAUCAGUGAAUCUUCCAGUUCAGGGUCAAAUUUAAGCCUCAAAUGUUAAAUACUUCAAAUAAUGAAUACCAGUAGCAGUAAUGAUUAAACGAUUUAUUGGGAAGAACUUUACCAAAGGAGCUUCAAUUCUGAUUGCAGUGAGUAAUAAAACUUAAUAAAAGACAUCAGUGCACUUAUUGAAAUCUUAAGGAUAUUAUAGUCUUUAAAUAUUGUAUGACUUAUCAUGUCAUUUUAUUUUAAUAAUCUACUGAACCAUAGUGCACUAAUGUUUUUAUUCUUAUUUCACAUGGUUAAAAAUAGUUUUAAUUUUGCAUCCCAGUAAAAUUGGAAAAAUGAUAGUGAAACCCAAACAAACACCAAAUGCUCCGAGAGUGCUCAGGGUGUUAAAAAAAAUACUCUUACCAAGAGUUCAAGUUUACCUGACUAUUUCAAGUUCUUAGUAACAAUCAUCUAUUUUAACUGUGAGUUCAUAUCAGACCACGUGAGGUGGGGUUUGACAUCUUUACCUGGAAUAUUACAAACACAAUAGGCUGCAGUCACCCCAAAGGGUGAUUCAAAAGCACAAUAAAGAUGUUGUGAGAAAAAGAGUGGCAUACUUGUUCUGUUUACAGUUCCAGUGUUAUCUUAGUAUAAUGGAGUUUGUCGCAGGACGGUGAAUGACUCCACGUGUCUCUAUGCAUUUAAAACAUGUCUCGCCAUCAGUCACGAUAUCUUAGUAUUCCAGCUGAGUGCCCGAGCGCUCGCAUAAUGUACUGUUUCUAUGGGUAUUCCUAUUUUAUAUCAGUUUCUCUCAUGGGUAACCCGAUCUUAGUAUUUACGAUGAGAGUAGAAUAAUCUUAGUAACUUCAACGAGUAUCUCGCCCUUCUUACUGUUGCGAGAUCACAUGCUUAUUUCUUAGUACCUUUGAUGACUAUGAUGAAUAAUCUCUGUAUUUAUGACAAAUGCUUGUUCAGUAAUCUAUUUGUCUUGGUAAAGCUGAUGAGUGCUGGCAUCUUUGUAUCUGCAGUUUCUUGUUUUGGAAUUUUUGAUGAGUACUUCUACUUUAAAAUUGAAGAAGAGCUUUUAUCCAGUGAUAUUCCCAUUGGUGGAAUAGUUAUGAUGUGCUUCGCUGUGAAUGAAGAAAUAUAUUUAUUAAUCUAUGUAUUUGUUAUUUUUAUGAAUUAUUUUUUUGGAAUAGUUUUGUUGUUAUUGCUACCUUCUGUGCUUUGAUACCAUUUCCCAGUCUGUGGGUGUCUAUUUUAAUCUUUGGAUCUACAGUAAACACUGUAAUUGUACUGUAUUUGGGCCAGUUUAAUUAUUUAUUUAUUUAUUUUUUUUUAGUAUGGUACAAAGAGUACUUAUCUUUGUUUCCACAACAAGUACUAAACUGUCUUCUUAACUGAGUUUACUUAAAUGGUUUAUGCCAAAUGAUUAUCUUUCCUCAUUUACUUCCAAUUUUAUUAAAUUGUGUAUCCCCAGAAAAAAAAAAAAAAAAAACACUGUGCAGAUUGUGUUACCUCAAGUUGUGGAACUAAAUUAUGCUGACUUUAAGUAAAUUAAGUCAAUAAAUGAAUAAACCCUUGAAGUAAUCUCAACCAACAGGUGCAUCUUAUCAGUGUGUCUUAGUACUCGGGUAAGUUCUCUUAUUUUAGUAAUGCUGCUGUAGUGUUGAACAUUAACUGAUGUACUACGUUUGUAAAACUUAACUUAGUAAAUCAAAGCAUUAAUCGGGUCAAACUGUUACAGCCCCAAACACUUGUGAUAUUUCAUACUGCAAAAUGAAUGUGCAUGAACGUUGAUUGUUUUAUUUGAAUUUUUUGAAUUUGUGCGCUUAAGGAACAAGGCGGCAAUUAUCUUCAGACUUAGGACAAAUGAGGCAUAAGUGAUAUUGCUAAGAAGAGGAAUGGAUCGAUGGGGAACAGGACCAAGAGAACCUAAAAAUAAUGUAUUAUUGUGACAUGGUCUUAAAAUGA